UGUCGCUACGUGCGUAGUUCUUGCUAGCCUCAGCACUUACAUUCGCGUUUCCCAUCUGUCGCGUUCGAGGCAAAAUUUCAAAUAAAGCCUUUCGAUUGGAGGAAGACGAGUCGUUUUUCCUGCCCUCUCCAUAUGAAAAAUCUUUCGAGUUGACGUCGAAUGGCGACGUAACGGGUUAAAUAGCUCAGUUUUAUCGGCAGAUAGUUUAGUCGGCUCUCGUAAAGGAGGAAAAGAUGCCCGAUAUACGUGUAAUCUAAGUGGCUACGUUAUAAUUAAAUGAAUGUGCAGCAGCUUCAAAGAAUGUGACUGAAAAGAAAAGGCUAGUGUGUACGUUAUAUUUCGUGGUGUACAGAAGAUGUUUCAUCACGAGUACGAGAAGCGACUGUUAAAGUCGAGUAGCGAGAGCCACAUAGAUAAUCUCGCGACUCCUGCCCAUUAUACGCCUAUAUAUUUUUCGCCAACAAAAAUGACAAACAAUAGUUUUGAUCGAUUUAUACCGACGAGGUCGGGUAACAACUGGCAGACAACUUUUUCGAUGAUUUCUGAAAGCGGCCGAAGUGGUCUUGCGACAAAGAAGACCCGUGAAAAUGGUGAAGGGAGUCGAGACGGUAUAGCUUAUUCGUGUCUUCUGAAAAAUGAGCUUCUAGGUGCUAGCAUAGAAGAUGUGAAGGGUCAGUGCGAGGAACGAAGAAUACUAUCUCCUCUCAUGUCGAAAAAUUUAUUUAAAUUUACUACACCCACGAAAGAUCAUACCCUUUUGGAUCAAAGCUCGCCUUACUCUCUUUCUCCUUUAAGUGCUAAAAGUCAAAAGUUAUUACGGUCUCCAAGGAAAGCAACUAGAAAAAUUUCAAGAAUACCUUUUAAAGUACUCGAUGCUCCAGAAUUGCAAGACGAUUUUUAUUUGAACUUGGUGGAUUGGUCCUCACAAAAUGUCCUUAGCGUUGGCUUAGGCAGUUGUGUGUACUUGUGGUCUGCUUGCACCAGUCAAGUAACUAGAUUAUGUGACUUAUCCAGCGAUGGUAAUAGCGUUACCUCUGUAGCCUGGAAUGAAAGAGGAAAUUUAGUUGCAGUAGGAACGCAUUUAGGAUACAUUCAAGUAUGGGAUGUGGCUGUAAACAAGCAAGUAAGCAAAUUACAUGGUCACAGUGCCAGAGUCGGUGCUUUGGCAUGGAAUGGAGAGGUUCUGUCUUCUGGUAGUAGAGACAGAUUGAUAUUGCAAAGAGAUGUACGAACUCCUUGUGUCGUGAGUGAACGACGUUUGGGAGCUCACAGACAAGAAGUCUGUGGUUUAAAAUGGUCUCCAGAUAAUCAGUACUUGGCCUCUGGUGGAAAUGACAAUCGUCUUUAUGUUUGGAAUUUGCAUUCCUUAUCACCAAUACAAACCUAUACGGAACAUUUGGCUGCUGUUAAGGCGAUCGCGUGGUCUCCUCAUCACCAUGGCUUACUAGCUUCAGGUGGUGGUACAGCAGAUAGAUGUAUCAGAUUUUGGAAUACAUUAACUGGUCAACCUAUGCAAUGUAUUGAUACUGGAUCUCAAGUUUGUAACUUGGCUUGGAGUAAGCAUAGUUCAGAACUAGUCAGUACACAUGGCUAUUCCCAAAAUCAAAUAUUAGUUUGGAAGUAUCCAAGUUUAACACAAGUUGCAAAAUUAACAGGACAUUCUUAUAGAGUUUUAUAUUUAGCCAUGUCACCUGAUGGUGAAGCUAUUGUAACAGGUGCUGGAGAUGAAACUCUUCGUUUUUGGAAUGUGUUCAGUAAAGCACGCAGUCAGAAAGAAAAUAAGUCUGUACUAAAUUUAUUCACAAGCAUUCGGUAAAUUUAAAUUUGGUAAAUUAUCACAAAAAUUUAUUAUUUUAUGUAUUGUACAUACAUAUAUUGCAUAUACGAUUAUAGUAUUCUAAAAGAAUCAUGAUAUAUAAAACAUAUAUAGUCAUAGACUAUAAAUAUUUAGGUUUGUAGAUAAGACUAUUCAGCUGGUGGUUGUAGUAUAAGUUCAUAAAUGCACAGCCUGCAAUAAAAUGAGUCUUGUGUGCAAUAUGUCACUACUUUGGUAGGGACUAGGAAGUAUGCCCUUAUAAGGAAAUAUGCACGAAUUUUUUUGUCUUUUUGUUUACUUUUUUGUCUUUUGUCUACUUCAUACAAAACAAUUUUUUUUUAUAGAUGUGCUAUAUUCCAUCAUUGUAUCAAUAUUAAUUAUAUUUUUCUUUUUUUUAUUGAACUUAUUUCUUAUUCCUUUUUUUUUCCUUUUUUUUUUCUUUUAAUAUAUACUGUACUAAAUAUGUAAUUAUUGCUCAUUGCUUAAUAACAUUCUGAUUCAUCAGAAUAUUUUAACAAUAUAAUAAAUAUUUUCCGAUUUUUACCAAUCACAUAAAUAACGAUUGUAAUUCUCAGGCAAUUGUAUUAUUGUCCAGAAGAAUUCCUUUGAAGGGUGUAUUAAUAUUUUCAUAAUUUUUCAAAAUAUGUGCUGUGUCUGCUCAGAUAUUUGCAGGCUGAUCGGUCAGACCAUUAAAGUAUAUAUAUAUAUAUAUUCUAAAAAAACUCUUUUUUUCUUUAUUGCCACAAAUACACUUUGAUUUCUUAUUGAUUAUUAAUAAAUAACUGUGUCAUAUAAAUCAAAUAUUACAUACACUUUACUUUCUUAAAUCAUUUAUAGUAACUUAUGCUUUACAAUCAGCAAGUUGUACAAAUUUGAGUGGAAAUGCGACUUAUAAAAUAAAUUACUAAUUUAUAAUAUUA